AUGGCCAUUCCGUCGUCCAAGAAGACCUGCCUAGAAGCUCUGAUGAUCUCGGCGAUCACCGUGUUCGCCGCCGCUGCCGGGCAGCCGUCGCCGGGAGCGCCCGCGACGGCCAACCUGACCCUCCACAACCUGUGCCCGUACCCCGUGUGGCCGCUGGUGACCGCGAACUCGGGCGUCCCGUCCAUCCCCACCGACGCCGACGGCGAGCCAGUGGGGCGGCUCGACGGCAACGGCGAGGGCCUGGCGACGCUGGCGUUCCCGGCGGGCGCGUGGUCGGGCCGCGUGGUGGCGCGCACGGGGUGCGCCGCCGAUGACGAGGACGGCGACGACGUGGUCGGGCGGUGCGCGACGGGCGACGCGCCGCCCGUGACGGUGGCGCAGGUGAGCGUGGGCGGGCCGGGCGGGCUGGCGGCGUACAGCGUGAGCCUGGUGGACGGGUUCAACGUGCCCGUGGUGGUGACGCCGCACGGGUUCGCGGAGGGCCGGCGGUGCCCCACGCUGGGCUGCGCCGCGGACCUCGCCGCCGGGUGUCCCGUGGGCGCCAGGGCGCCCAGCGGAGGGUGCGGCGCCGGCGCGUCGCAGGCGGCGACGUUUAAGGCCCGCCCGGCGGCGUACAAGUCGCCGGCGUUCAUCGCGCUGGUGACCGUGCUGUGCGUGGCGCUGGUGCUGCUGCUGCAUCACUGCGUCCUCGUUGCCUGCUGCCGCAGCGGCGGAGGCGCCGAGCGGAGGCGCCGCCGGCAGCACCACCACCGGCGCGGCGCCAGCGAGGGGGAGGACGAGGAGGAGGACGAGGUUAGCGUGAGCGUGGAGGUGAGCGCGGCGACGUCGAGGACGCACCUGGUGCAGGCGGCGGCGGCGUCGCCGGCGCUGGUGUGCCAGUACCGGAAGGAGGAGGCGUGGAAGGAGCCGACGUGCGCGGUGUGCCUGGCGGAAUUCGACGACGGCGAGGCCGUGCGGGUGCUGCCCGAGUGCAUGCACUACUUCCACGCCGAAUGCAUCGACACGUGGCUGCGAGGGAGCACGAGCUGCCCGAUGUGCCGCGCCGAGACCACGCCCACGCCGAGCCCGGCGUCGAUGCACCACCACCACCACCACCCCCGCCGCCUCGAGCUCUCCGUCUCCCUCGAGGAGAUCCUCGUACGCACGUAG